UAUUAGGAAACAUUUCAUGAAAAUAGCAGCAAUAAAACAGUAAACAUAUAAAAUAUCUGUUACUCACUGGGACAUUGUUACACAUUCACACACAAACACACCACUUAUAGACCUCAUAUAACAGAUCCACAAUUGAUGUUCCUCACUGCACAUCACAGUCUUGACGUCAGUCUGUUUUUUAGCUCUUAGUAAACAGGAGUCCUGCCAGGCUUCAUGUGGGGCUGGAUCGAACAUGUUACUCCUGCUUUCCAUUGGAGAUAUAAGCAGACUGGAAUAUCUUUCUGACCCACACUCACACAUGCUGCAACUGGAUUGAAUGCUAUCGCUACAGCAGAUAUAAUGACGAAAGUGGCAGUUAUCUGGACAUGUACUUUAGUCAUCUGCCUGUUUGUUGACUACUGUUAUGCGCAGAAGCUGAAUAUCCACUGGGGCCCUCAGUCCAUGAUGUACUUGAAGGGCAAACAUGGCAGGAGGUUUGUCUCAGAGGACAACAACAGUGUUUUGAAGCAGUGCCUCCUUGGCUGGUAUGCAGUGAUCCGAGGCAUCCAGAAACUGCAGUCGCUGGACUUCAAAAGACCCAGUCACAUUCUGAGCUCAGAGAAAGUCCUCAUACACUACCUCCAGAAGAGAUGAGACACACCAGCUCGGACUGUGUACACACAAUCCAAACUGACAGUUCAUCGAGAAAAAGGCCUAAAAACCAUACACAGUGACGUGGUACUACAACAAGAAUCUAGCAUGCCAGCUCUGGUAAAGCCAGUGAAUUAUUAGAUAAUUAUGUGUAUAUUUGAAUUGUUCAUGCACGAUAGCUUUCUAUAGAUGCAUAGAUAUAGAUAAAUACAGAAAAUGCUUGAAAUAAAGCUGUUUGUGUAAAUAUCAUGGCUGCAGUUUAUCAUUUUGCCCAGAAGAGGCCAGCAACAUAUUGUAG